AUGAAGGCAAAAGUUAUAAUAUUUUUGCAAUUGUUGGCUAUAGUUUUAGGGAAUCCACAAAAGAUCACAAAUGAUGACGAUAACGUAGAACAUUUAGAAAUGAAAUUAACCAAAGCUAUGGACGCGUUGAACGAAAAGGAUAACAUCGAUAUUUAUGGUAACAUGAUAACGUUGCAAAAAGUUGCAGCGGAAGAGAAUUCCUCGGUGAUUAAAAAAGACAUCGUUGAUCCAUUAAUGGACAGGAUCGAAAGAUUUUUCGCAACCAAAAAAAUUCACAUCAAUUUUCCUAAUGACGGAUCAUCCGCGGAUUUCUUUGGACGUGCUUUAGGAUCAAAGGACAUUGAUAUCGAACUCAAAAGUCUUGCUCGUGGUGCUUCCGAAGCACGCACAAAAUUGAAGAGAAUGUUGCUGCCAUUAAUGCUGGCGUUAGAAUUGAAAGCAAUAAUCGUUUUACCAAUAAUUAUCACCUUGAUUGGUUUUGUUGGCUACAAGGGGCUUCAAGCUGGUUUGGUAGCACUUCUUAUUUCCGGUGCGGUGGCAUUGAAAGGUCUUCUAACACCACCACCACCUCCCAGAGUUAGCUAUGGUGUCGUAAAACCCUAUGACGUACACGAACAAUGGCACAGAUCGCAAGAAGAAAUGAAUCAGCCCUACAGAGGAUGGGCGCCGGAAUACAAUGGCGAACAAUACCCUUAUCAAGACAUACCUUAA